AAAGAGUGUUUCAUUUUUUUUCAAUUUUUAUUUUAUUUUCAGAUAUUUUAAUCAUCUCUCUUUCCUUACAUUUGGGUUAGUCGAAACGAUUUGACGAGAAUCAUCCAAAAUCCGCCAUGGAAGCAACUACAAGAAUCUUCAGCACUUCUGCUCUCAGUCGUCGUCUUCUUCUCACUAACCUUAACCUAAAACCUGAUGCUCGUUCGAUCAGAUUUACGAAUCAGUGUUGUUUCCCCUCGCACAAUGCCGUCUACCGAGAAUCAUCUUCAUCUAUCUCCGCCGCUCGUAUACGGUGCUCUUCGCUUCCUCCCAAUGCGAAUCUCUUCAAAUCUCUCUUCUUCCUCACGUCAACGUUUCGUCUCGAGAACUCCGCCGUUCACGCUAACCCAUCCCGAUCCCAACCUAACGACGGCGUCGCGGUAUGGAACAGAGCUCCACCGAUCGUGAACGGAGGUGGAAACGCGGCGAUAUUAGGCGGGAAGGGGAAAGAGACGACUGUGGUUCUUCUCGGUUGGUUAGGAGCGAAAGCUAAACAUUUGAGGAGAUACGUUGAGUGGUAUAACUCUAGGGGAAUUAACGCCGUUACUUUCACCGUCGACGUUAGGGAUUUGCUCCGGUUAGAUCUUGGACGGAGGCUUGAACGGAGGAUAGCUGAAUUUGGGAACGAAUUGGUUAAUUGGGUAUCGGUGAAAGAGGAUGAUGGUAGAGAGAAAUGCUUGGUGUUCCAUAGCUUUAGCAACACUGGUUGGCUUGUAUAUGGUGCCUUGCUCGAGAGCUUCAUUGGUAGACAAGAUUUAGUAGAAAAGAUUAAGGGUUGUAUCAUCGAUUCGGGAGGAGCAGAUCCUCUAGAUACCAAGAUUUGGGCAGCCGGGUUUACGGCUGCUAUACUGAAGAAGCGUAGCUCCACCAUAAACACAGAACCAAACUGUCACAUAAACGAAGACGAUGCUUCAACCCCACAAAAGAAGGAACGUUUAGGAAUGGAAAGCAUGAUGCUAUCAUCUCUAGGGAAAGUCUUCCCCAUCAUCUUAAACCUGCCAGACGUCAAUACGAGGCUAACGAAAAUCAUCAAAAAACUAGAUGAGAACCAUCCUCCAUGUCCUCAGCUCUAUCUAUACAGCUCCGAGGACAAAGUUGUUCCGUCUCAUUCCGUUGAGGUCCGCAUCCGAGAACAACAGAAGAUGGGAAGAAAUAUACAUUCUUUCAAUUUCAAGUCCUCUCCUCAUGUCGAUCAUUACCGGAACUUUCCUGACUUGUAUACCUCACAGCUUCACAGCUUCUUGGAAGAAUGCUUAAACGCUCCCACAAAACAACAUGCUCUGUGAUUUUAUUUAUGAAUAGAGAUCUUUUCCACAGAAUCUUUGUAGCCUCGUUUGUGUUUGCUGUUCUGACUGAAUGAUAAUGAAAAAGCAUGAUAAAGAUUUAAUAUUAGGGUAAAGAGGUCUACUUUUAA